AUGGGUCUACCAGAUGAUGCAUCAUGUAAAUUCACACCUUUCCAUAAUUACUCUACUUUAGGUGAACCAUCCUAUGAAAUGCUGGAGAAUCACCCUGACUGGAAGCCAUCUUUGUUGUUGGGCCAUGACGAUGUUCAGAUGACUGAUGAGGCAAGGUUUCAGCGGAGCCUGAAGCGUAAGGUGGUGGCUGAGGAUCUGUAUGCUGAGCCACUGCAGGUGCAACCAAAGAACCUGGAUGCUGAGCUGCCGCAUCCAGAGGAGCUGGAUGCUGAGCCGCCCCAGGUGCAACCAGAGGACAUGGAUGCUGAGCCGCUGCAAGAGCUUCCAGAGGACCUGGAUGCUGAGCAGCCAGUCAUGACCAGUGCAGAAUGUGAAUUCUGCACUUCGAAGCAAGCCCUGAUCGUCAGUCUGUUGGAGGAGAACAGACAGCUGAAGGAGGAGCUUGAGGAAUACAGGAUGGAUGAAAGGUUUCUGAGGGGUGAUGAUGAGAAAGUGAAGUACUACACUGGACUUCCUAACUUUGCAAUUUUUCAGGCAAUGUUGCUCAACAUCCUACCAUAUAUCCAUCAAGGAAAGAGAAAGCUUACAGCAUUCCAGUGCGACCUGUUGACCCUGAUGCAUCUCAGGUUAGACCUGCCUUUUCAACACCUCAGUCACCUGUUUCAAGUUCACAGAACAACAGUCGGUGUUGCUUUUCAACAGACUAUUGAAGUGUUGUAUCCCCGCCUGUCUCCAAUUGUGCACUGGCCAAGCAGAGACUGUUUGAUGGUUAGUAUGCCCCACCAGUUCAUCGAAUCAUUUGGAAAGCAUGUUGCUGCAAUUGUGGAUUGUUUCGAAAUUUUCAUUGAAAAACCGUCUAAUCUUCAUGCAAGAGCCCAGACUUUCUCCCAGUACAAACACCACCACACUAUGAAAUACCUUAUUGUCAUCACACCACAGGGUUUCAUUUAAUUUGUCUCAAAGGGAUGGGGUGGGCGAACUAGUGACAAACAUCUGACUGAGAAUUGUGGUUUCCUAGAUAAACUGUUACCAGGUGUCAUUGUGUUAGCAGAUCGAGGGUUUAACAUCAGGGAAAGUGUGGGAAUGAUGUGUGCUGAGGUGAAGAUACCUGCUUUCACAAGGGGUCGUGCACAGCUUGAUGGGGGGAGUGAGGAAGAAAACAAGAUGAGAAGGUAA